GACUUUCUGCCUCAAUCAGCCAUUUAGCUCUGGUUUGGGCUUGUCAACAGAAGAGAUGAGAUAGGGAAGUUAAGUUUGUUCAACAAAGGGAGUGAGGUUAAUGUACAAAUUAAGAAAUUUCUGUUUCUAGAAUAAAAUGAGUAAAUUUGCCUAAUGGACUACGUUAGAGAAUUCCACUUGCUUGGCUUUACCUCACAAUUGUCCAUAAACAAACCCUUGCCAAAAGUCAGGGAGUUUUCCUAGGUUUUGUUGGUUGUUAGUUGCUUAACUAGAUCACUCUGUCCUGUGGGAUGUUGAGUCAAAAGGCAGAAGAGGUGGUGGAGACUAGAGCCCUGUAGGCUUUUGUAGAAGAAGCUUUCCAAAUUGUAGCUCUUUAAAAGGUGCAUGACAGAAUCCCAUGUUUAUUAAAAUCACUGAGAAUUUUGCUAUCACAGUUCUCUUUCAGUUCGCUUCAUAUUCUAUGUAAACCACGGCAAAGUGUGACUGAUGGGACCCAAGAUUCAACCUAUGCUAGGGCGUGGGUUCUUGGUUUAAGCUGAUGCUUUAAAGAGUUUUAGUUUUCAGAUAUAAAGCGUUUCUACUUUAGAGGAUAUUUGAGACUCCCUGCAAACAAAACAUGCAAGUGAAAGUUAAGAACUGAAGAGCUGAUCUGUACUAAAACAUCUUUAGCAGAAUAAGGCCAGAAGAGAUGCAGAGUAUGUGUAUGCUAUAUGUAUGUGUGCUACCACAGAGUAAGCGAGCCAUGAUAUUCAAGAAAGACAAGGGUUUUGAAUUUCUCUGGAAGGUGACAGGAUUUUUUUAUCUCAAUAUGGAGCUCAGGCACAGUAAUUCUUUAUUGGCUCUUUUCAGACUCCUCCCUUAAUGGUACAGAACCAACUUGACCUGUGAUUUUGAGCAACAUUUUAAAGAGCUAGCAUGGUUAUAAUUUGCAUGUUAGAAGUCAGAUUCAAGCUCCUGCGUUGUAAGACUCCUGAUUUGUGACCAGCUAGAAUUACAAUCGUGUUUCAUUAAAAGUGCUGAUGAGCACCCAGGACUCUGAAGACAGCAGUUUUGUGCAAGAUAAGAAUGUUCCUUAAAGAAGCUGAUGGAGGAUAGAGCUCCAGAGUUCUUGGCAGACACUGACAGCGUAAGAUGGCACCGUAGUCUAGUCUGAAAUUGAUUCUAGUGCAUAAAGGACAUAAAUUAUAAUCCCAGAGCACCAUCUGUCCUGGAGCAGACAUUGGAACUGAGAUACUAUGUGACUGAAAGGACUUGAGUGCAUGUCAGAUGGUCUUUCCAAUCCAGCUGUUAUGGAGUCAAUGGAUGAAGCUGAAGGACAACAAGGACAGCUGAACAGGAAGGAGCAGUCCCUGAAAACCUCCCAGAAAACAGCACUGCUUGGUUGGGCUGCCCGGUGGAAUGGAUUAAUGCCUGGAGUCAGCAUGUAUCUGUUUGUCCUCUCACAGAUACUGCUUCUCUGCAUGAUGCUGUGGUACAGCACUUAUGGGACCAUCCCAGCAGCUCAGAACGCCUUUGACCUGCUGUCUUACUUGCUUACCCCAUUUAAACAGUUUUUGUCAGAUCAAGGGGAGGACCUGAAUAGAAUCGGGAGCAUUGUGGUAUUGUACAUCCUGCUGUCUUUAGCUUCUCUAGGACUGUUAUUUGUAGGAUCUCUGUUUUGGCAUCUACUCAGAGCCCGUCCAGACCCCCCCUUUCCACUACAAGAGGACAGACGCCAAUCUGUGAGCCGGCAGCCUUCAUUCACGUACUCAGAGUGGACAGAGGAUAAAAAUGAGGAUGACUUCCUAGAUUUGGAUCCUGUACCGGAGACUCCGGUCUUUGACUGCGUAAUGGACAUUAAAGCGGAGGCAGAUCCAGCUACUCUAACGGUUAAAUCCAUGGGCUUGCAAGAAAGGAGAGGUUCAAAUGUUUCACUCACACUGGAUAUGUGUACCCCAGGCUGUUCUGAGCAAGGUUUUGGCUAUGUCAUGUCACCACGGGAACAGUCAGCCCGAGAAUACCUCCAGACAGCAUCAAACAUCCUUACUGAAGAGGAACUGCACAAGAAAGCACUGGAUCCUUUCAUACUCCAGGCAGAGUUCUUUGAAAUUCCAAUGAACUUCGUUGAUCCAAAGGAAUACGAUAUUCCAGGCUUAGUGCGUAAGAAUCGCUACAAAACAAUUCUCCCAAAUCCUCACAGCAGAGUGUGCCUUACCUCAACUGAUCAGGACGACCCCCUCAGCUCUUACAUCAAUGCUAACUACAUCAGGGGCUAUGGAGGAGAGGAAAAGGUAUAUAUUGCUACUCAGGGACCGAUAGUUAAUACUGUCAGUGAUUUCUGGAGAAUGGUAUGGCAGGAGCGUUCUCCCAUCAUUGUCAUGAUUACCAAUAUAGAAGAGAUGAAUGAGAAAUGCACAGAAUAUUGGCCAGAGGAACAGGUCACCUACGAAGGAAUAGAAAUCACAGUUAACCAAGUCAUACAAGCAGACGAUUACCGUUUAAGGCUCAUCACCCUAAAGAAAGGAGAAGAAGUCAGAAACCUGAAACAUUACUGGUACACGUCUUGGCCAGACCAGAAGACACCAGAUCAAGCCCCUCCUCUGUUACAGCUAGUACUGGAAGUGGAAGAGGCCAUGCAGAGCGCAGAAGAGAAGAAUGCCCCAGUGAUUGUUCACUGCAGUGCAGGCAUCGGGAGGACUGGCUGCUUUAUUGCAACUAGUGUCUGCUGUAAACAGCUGAAGAACGAGGGCAUAGUUGACAUAUUGCGAACAGCCUGCCAGUUACGGUUAGACAGGGGAGGAAUGAUCCAGACUUGUGAACAGUAUCAAUUUGUCCAUCAUGUCAUGAGCUUGUACGGAAAACAGCUUUCUAGAGCAGCAGAAGAAUAAGUGUUCAUGAUAAUUCCUAAAGGCUAAACCAAGAGAACUUUUGGCUGCAUUCAGAUAUAUUUCAGAUCUGAUAAGAGACACAUGGUAACCUGGUUGUCUUAGCUGGAAAGAAAGAUAUAUUAUUUUACUUUGAUAUUGCUUUUAUGCUCUUGUUUGCAUUGACAUUUAAGAGCUGAGGUAUGCCUUGUCUUAAACAUACAUGACAGGACAUAAUCUUCACCAAAAAAGGCUUAUUUAUACUGUAAAUAAGAAUAGUAACUUCAUUUGUUACAAAAGCAAGAAAAAAAUCAGAAAAAAAUCCACUGUCUUCAGUUUGCUAUUUUUAAAAAGUCAUUGCUAAUAUAUCCAAAUACAGUGUGAAACUUUUUGAAUUGUCAUGCUGAAAUGUGCCGUAUGUUGACAAAGCUUGAAAGUAACUUUUUGCCUCUUUCUGAUUGUUUUUACAUAUAAAAUUACCGAAUACUGUGUAUAUCGUAAACUUUCUGAGCCUCUGCGUUGAAAGAUUUAAGUAGAUUCACAUUGAAAUUAUGUUUCACACAUCAUGUUUGCUUGGUUUUGUUUUGUUUUUUCUAAAGCAGUCCACCACCAGUGUUAUCAGAACUAAGGGGAAAAAAAUAUUUCAAUGAUGUGGGUAAAAUUCUUGCCCCUUUUUCUCACCAGCAAUGUACCCCAGUAUCAUGACAGCUGGGUGAAUCUGACGUGAAUAGUAGAAGUUAACCUGAACAUAAAUUCUUCACGCUUUACCUUUUCUUUUUCAGUAUUUUGGCAUCUCAGCCUGCAACCAGAUUUGAUUUUUGCAAAUAGUUUCUCUUUUGACAUAGUCAGACCACAAUCCACACACAAUUUCCCCUGAAAUUUGAGGUUUGAGAUCAGGUGAGGAAUUUUGUGAGUUGGAUUCAUCUUUAUUAAAUAUGUAAUAAUAAAAAUCACUUGUAUUCUAUGAAUUUAAACUUGUUUCAAAGCUUUGACAGUGACCGGGUGCCCAGUGCUCAUUAAAAUUAACACAAAUCCUGUAGACAACUUUAAAAAAAAAUCAGUCUGAAUGUGUUGACUGCUUUUUGAUAAAUUUGCCCUUCAACCAAAUUUAGACAGUCAUUAGUCGAUUCUAAUUACUAGUCCAGGCAGCAGUCUUUCCUUUUCAAUAAUACAGACUGCUGCCCAUGCUUUUCUUUUUAGACCUCAGUCAGGCUGGGAAGACUGUAGUUUAUGUUUAAUGCUUAAAGGUAAGCACGUGUUUAAGUGCUUUAUUGAGCAGAGAAAAAUGGAGGUACACAUGACCCUUAACAUGAAAGAUGAGUGUUUUGUGAAUAGAAGCUGUAAUGAUCUACUGAAAAUAUUUUUGCUUCUCUUUAUUUGUAACAAUAACCAAAACCUACUGCUUUUAUUAGUGCAGGAGAUUCUGAGAAUUUACUGCACUUCCUAAUGAGGAGAAGGUAAAGCAGCUCUCAGAACAAUAAGGGCUGAUCCUGCUCCCACUGAGGGUUUGCCAUUGACGUCAGUAGGUGCAGGGUAGGGCCUGAAAUGUUAUGCCUACAACUUCAUCACUGUGGGGAAAGUUUCCCAAUAUUUCAGUACACAUCCUUUGUGUUUAUUCUGUAUCCAUGAGCCUGUAAAAAUCCUGUCAGCAGGGUUUGCAUGAAUGUGUGGCAAAAUGUGUUAUCUUUAAACCACUUGAUUUUAUUGCUGUAUUUAAAAUAUUUCCUUCAGUGAGAAGCUAGCAGGAAGAACUGGCAUUCUUUUUAAAAAUACUGGUGGUAGUCAUUAAAUAGAGCAAUAAACUUAAGCUUUUGAGCAUAACAUGACUGUUAGUUUUAUGUAACCUUGCUAGCUAUAUUCUCCCCACUGCUACUGAUUCUUUCAAACUGGUAACACCAUUCCAUUUCAGCACACCUUAGAAAUAACAAAAGCACCACUGACGUUCUGAACAACAUUGUAAGUGGAACUCCCUAUAAAUAUUUUCAGCUGUUCAGUGCCCUUCAGUGUCAAAACUGACGAAGUGAAUAAAAUUACUUGUUCUGUCAUCA